UGUCACCAACGCUAAUCUGCAUUUCAUAGCUCGUCGAGCAGUUGAGAGGAUCGUCCGAAAUGGCCCAAGUAUACACCUUUCGGGAGGUGCAAAUUCCGGUUCCGUUUGGGGUGAUUCGCGGCAAGUGGUACGGUCCUACGAACGUUCGGCCGAUUCUGUUCAUACAUGGCUAUAAUGAUAACAGUGGAUCGUACGAUCGGUUGAUUCCGUUGCUCCCGACUGCUGGAAGCUACCUGGCGAUUGAUCUUCCAGGUCACGGACUGUCCUCGUGGAUGCCCAGCGGCACCGUUUACCAUCUGACCGAUGCGACGAUCUGCAUUCGUCGGAUCAUGAAGAUCUACGGAUGGUCCCAGGUAUCUCUAGUAGGUCACUCUCUAGGAGCCAUGAUGUGCUACAUCUUCCUCGGACUGUACCCGGAUAAGGUCGAUCUGUUUGUAGCACUGGAUGCGCUUCAACCGUCUUACCCGGGUGAGUUCUACAAACAAUUGGCGUUUCAUCUUGAACGUUCGAUCGAGUACGACGAUACCAAGGGGAAGAAACCGGCCGGAUUUACCUACGACAAGAUGCUGAGUAGGGUGCGUUACUCUGCUGGAACUACGAUUCCAAAGGAACUCUGUCAUCAUCUCCUGGAAGGGAACAUUCGCGAAAGUAGCGUCCUUCCGGGAACCUUCCACUACACCUUCGACAGCCGCACCAAGUACCUGGACAUCUCCGGGUGGUCUCGGGAAACGAAUUUGGAAACGGCCCGGGCGCUCAAGUGUCCAGUUUUGGUGAUCAAAGCGACGGAAUCAUUCUAUUAUGGUGACGAGGAGGAGUUCAAACGACUUUUGCACGAGAUGGGCAGGAAUAAUCCACUGACCCGGUUAGUGGCAAUCGAAGGGAAUCAUUACGUGCAUCUGAUUGAGGCGGAGAGUGUGGCCAGUGUCAUUGGAAAGUUUCUGAUCGAUUGUAAGCGAUUUGAUGAAAUAGUGGUGGGUAAGUUAUAGGGGUUUGCAUAGUGUUGUUAAUUGAUAUCAAAAAAAUAUAUCUUACGUUAGAGCUUUAUUUUAUUCAAAAAGUAUUAAAAAAAACUCAUCAAAACAAACUUUUUUAUAUAAAAGCUGGUAUUACAAU